GUUUUUGACUAUGGAUCCUCUGACACGGGGAGAGAGAUCGAGAGAGAGCAUGCGACACAACUGCCCGCUUGCUUUAUCGAUCCCGGUGGAAACCAAAGAGGGAAGAAUAAGCAGAACGAAGGUCGCCUCAAACAGUAAUCUGAAAUCUAAAGCCACAUUUGCUCAUGGAGAAAACCUCCCUUUUCUUUUCCCUAUUUACAUUGUUGGUGCAAUUGCUUGUAGUAAAUGCAAUUACCAAAAAUAUCACCACAGACCAAUCUGCUCUCCUUGCCUUCAAAGAUUCCAUUACUUAUGACCCUCAAGAACUCUUGGCAACCAAUUGGUCCACCACCACCUCAGUAUGCAGCUGGAUUGGAAUAGCCUGCAGUUCCCACCACCUUAGAGUCACAGCCUUGAACCUUUCAUACAUGGGUCUUACUGGCACCAUCCCUCCACAGCUGGGAAACAUGUCAUUCCUUGUUGAGCUUGAAUUGAAAAGCAACAGCUUUCAUGGCUCCCUGCCCAGAGAAUUAGCUCAUUUGCUCAGACUAAAUUAUAUUAACUUUGGAUUCAACAACUUGAGUGGAGAAAUUCCAUCAUGGAUUGGGUCAUUACCAAAUCUUCAGUUCUUGAAUCUAUAUGGCAAUCAGUUCUCAGGUUCCAUUCCCGGUACCUUAUUCAACAUAUCUUCAUUACAAGUACUUGAUCUCAGUGAAAAUCAGCUUUCAGGGGGUAUUCCUUCCGUAGUCAAUGCAACUUCACUGCAAUAUUUGAUUCUAUAUGAUAACCAGCUUUCAGCUUCCUCAACUUUCAGCAAUCUUGGCAUGUCUAAUACCUUGGAAUUCAUUGAUCUCCAUUCUAAUAGCCUAUCUGGUAGCAUCCCGGGGGAUCUGUUUAGGCGGCUUCCAAAAUUGGAAGGGCUUUAUCUAUCUUCAAAUCAAUUUUCUGGUGAACUUCCCUCAAGUUUAUUCUUCUGCAAACGGCUACAAGUUCUGUACCUAUCACUUAACAAUUUCACCGGCAGUAUACCUAGGCAAAUAGGGAACUUAACCUUGCUCAAAGAGUUGUCUUUUGACAAGAACAAUUUCCAAGGAGGGAUUCCAUAUGAGGUUGGCAAUCUUACAAAUUUGGAAUUAUUGAGCCUGCAAUUCAAUAAUUUAACGGGACCCAUUCCUACUUCUCUGUUCAACAUGACCUCUCUAAAAUUUAUGUACUUGCUAGAGAACAGCCUCUCAAGUAGCCUCCCAGACUAUAUGUGUCAGCAUCUUCCAGUUCUGGAAGUGAUAGAAUUAAGUUACAACCGACUCAGUGGUUCGCUUCCUUCUAAUCUAUGCCAAUGUGGAGAGCUUCGUUUUCUUAUGCUUAAUUCAAAUAGAUUCAGCGGAAGCAUACCAAGAACCAUCGGGAAUUUGACCCAUUUAACAAAGCUUCAUCUUAAUGAAAACAAUUUGACAGGUACAAUACCAAAUGAGGUUGGAGAUCUUUAUAAACUGGAGAUUUUGUCACUCUCAAUGAAUCACUUCAAUGGCCCCAUCCCGUUGAAAGUCUUCAACAUCUCCACAAUAAAAAUCAUUGAUCUUGCUCUUAACCAACUCUCAGGUGGCCUCCCAUUAAGCAUAGGCCUUGGGAUACCAAAUCUAGAGAAUCUUCUUGUAGGUGGGAAUAAGCUCAGUGGGGAAAUUCCCCGCACAAUCUCUAAUGCUUCUAAGAUCACUAUGCUGGACAUGGGAAAUAAUUCAUUUUCUGGCUCCAUUCCCAACACAAUCAGCACCUUAAGUCACCUCAAGUGGCUCAAUCUGAUGUUUAAUAAUUUGACCAUGGAAAGUUCUGAAGGAGUGAGCAUCCUCCCUUUCUUGGCUAACCUUAAAGAUUUGGAGAACUUUAUGUUGUCACAUAAUCCAUUAAAUUCCAUGCUUCCUACUUCCAUUGAGAACAUCUCUACUUCUCUUCAAUCUCUUGAACUAAGCAAUUGCAAGAUGUGGGGUAGCAUUCCCAAAGAUAUUGGCAACUUAAGUAGCCUGUUUCUCUUAAACUUAUCUUUCAAUGGACUAAGUGGAUCAAUUCCAGCAACAGUGGGAAAAUUACAUAAGCUCCAAGGUUUGUAUUUCAAUGACAAUGACUUGCAAGGAUCCAUUCCACAUGAACUGUGUCAACUACAUAUGGUGACCGAAUUAUUAUUAAAUAACAAUCAUCUCUUUGGAUCUCUACCUCCGUGCUUGGGGAAUCUUUCAGCUUUACGAAGUCUAUCAGUAGGUUUCAACGAAUUGUCUUCAACUAUACCUUCUACCUUGUGGAGCCUUCAAUACAUCUUGCAUAUGAAUUUGUCAUCGAAUUCAUUCUCCGGAUCUCUCCCAUACAAUAUUGGAAAGUUAAAGGUAGCAAUAAAUUUAGAUUUUUCGAGUAAUCAAUUAUCUGGCAGUAUCCCAAGCACAAUUGGUGGCCUGCAAAAUUUGGUCACUCUUUCCUUGGCAAACAAUGCAUUUCAAGGUUCCAUUCCUGACACAUUUGGCAACUUGCUAAGUAUAGAAUCCAUAGAUUUGUCUAAUAACAGUUUAUCUGGAGUGAUUCCAAAGUCUUUGAACAUGCUCUUGCACCUCAGACAUCUAAAUUUAUCAUUCAAUAGGCUAGAAGGAGGAAUUCCAACUGGUGGACCUUUCACAAACUUCUCUGCUCAAUCAUUCAUGCAGAAUAGUGAUCUUUGUGGAGCACCACAACUACAAGUCCCCCUAUGUAGAACCAGUGGUCAUCACCGACUAGCAACAAUCUUGAAAAUUGUCCUACCACUGGGAGUAUCACUAGUGGUAUUUUCAGUGGCACUUAUUUUCAUGUUUAAAAAACACAGCGAUAAUGUGAAACCUGCAGAAGAGAAUAGCCCUUCAUCACCACUGGCAACAUGGAGAAAAGUUUCAUAUGAAGAACUACUACAGGCCACGAAUGGAUUUCACGAAAACAACUUACUUGGUCAUGGGGCCUUUGGUUCGGUGUAUGGAGGAACACUAUUUGAUGGGAUUAAUGUUGCAAUAAAGGUUUUCAAUUUGCGAGUUGAAGCAGCGUACCAGAGUUUUGAUACUGAAAGUGAAGUAAUUGGAAACAUACGCCAUCGGAACCUCAUCAAAAUAAUCAGUUGUUGUUGUAAUAUUGACUUCAAAGCCUUGGUAUUGGAAUAUAUGCCUCAAGGAAGCCUUGAGAAUUGGUUAUAUUCUCGCAACUCUUGCUUGAAUUUCCUGCAAAGGCUAAACAUUAUGAUGGACGUCGCAUCAGCAUUGGAAUACCUUCAUUAUGGUUGCAUGGUACCUGUUGUUCACUGUGAUUUAAAGCCCAGUAAUGUGCUGCUAGAUGAGUAUAUGGUGGCACAUGUUGCUGACUUUGGUGUUGCAAAACUGUUGGGUGAAGAUGCAUCUACAAGACAAACGAUAACUCUUGCCACAGUGGGAUACAUGGCUCCAGAGUAUGGAUCAGAGGGAAUUGUUUCAGUACAAGGAGACGUGUACAGCUUCGGUAUUUUGCUAAUGGAAACUUUCACAAGAAAGAAGCCAACUGAUGAAAUGUUCCAUGAGGGGAACUCCAUGAAGCAAUGGGUUGCGAAUUCAUUACCAAAUGCAGUGAUUGAAUUGGCGGAUGCCAGUUUACUAAGAACAGAGGAGGAACAAUAUGUAGUGAUGAAGGAUUGUUUGUCAUCCAUUAUGGAAUUGGCUCUAACUUGCUCUGCAGACUCACCUGAGGACAGGGUUAAUACGAAAAAUAUCCCCAGAGCACUUGACAAAAUCAGAACAAAGUUUUUAGUCAGAAGAGGAUGAUGCAGAUGCUGUGUGGGACCUGUGGGUUGCUCUGCUUUCUAUAUAUAUAUAUGUGAGAGCCAUGAUAAAUCUUUGAUGUCAGUCUUCCCCAAGGGCUUUGCAUGUAGGGUUCCUACCUCACUAAGCAGUCAACAGGUGUGAACGCAACCUCGGCCACCCAAAAAACAAACAUAAAUUUGUUUUGAAUUUUUGUUAUUUUGUUUCUGAAAACAAAAAAUGAGAAUUUUAGAAAAACACAGUUUUCAAGCAAAA